AUUGUACCACGUUUCAUAUUUUCAUAUGGGAAAGAGCAAGCAAAGAAAAACCCACAACUAAAUCCAAAAAUCAAAAUAUACUUUCACACAUCAUGCAUCUUCUUCCUAUACCACCACAAUUAUAGCCAUCCAUCAUCCAUCCAUCAUCCAUCCAUCAUCCAUCCAUCAUACAUCCAUCAUCCAUCCAUCCAGAUUCCAAAUUCAUAUUCCAGAUUCUAGAUUCCGACUCAGACUCAGACUCAGACUCAGACGCAGACUCAGACUCAGACUCAGACUCAGACUCAGACUCAGACUCAGAUUCCACAAUUUCCAUCUAGCCACCUUUUCUUCACUUUAUUUGCGACUUACAAGUUCCAAUUUUCAACAUCCAUUCAUCCAUUCAUCCAUUCAUCCACUCAUCCACUCAUCCACUCAUUCAUUCUCCAUCGAAGGCUCCUUUUCAUAACCGUGGCCACAACGCAACACACCUUCACAGAUCCCUCGGUGCAUCCAUCUUCUUUGACCUCCGAAAUAUCACGAUAGCUUCCAAUUCAGAAAUUACUUCCCUUACCAUCCUAGCUUCAUACGAGAAUUGAUUCCUCCAUUUAAGAAAUUGAUAAAAUCCAUCAUCAUGUCAAUCCCUUUUUUGAAAUUGAACAAUGGAGCCACAAUACCAGCUUUAGGAUUUGGUACUUUCCAAAGCGAAGGGUCUCCAGGGAAAUGCCACGAUGCUGUACUUUGGGCUUUACAAUCAGGUUAUCGUCAUCUUGAUUGUGCUUGGUAGUAAGCUUAACCCCUAUGUCUCAUGUUUACCCGUUCUUCUUAGCUGUCUUAUGGGAAUCUCCCGGGCUAAUCCCUUGCAUCGAUCCACUAAUCUUGUAACGUAUCCCUUGAUGAUGGGGUGCCAAAGUCUUGGGAUUGUUCAUUUGGUAUUAGAGUUUGACGUCUGAGACUGACACAAUGCAGUUACAAAAACGAGGAAGAGGUUGGCUCAGGCUUGCGGGAAUUCUUGUCCAACAACCCAAGUGUCAAACGUUCGGAUAUCUUCAUCACAACUAAAGUGUGGCCUCAUCUAUGCACUUCCCCUGAAGAUGUCGAGUGGAGUUUAAAUUAUAGUUUAGAGAAACUUGGUCUUGAUUAUGUGGAUUCUUUCUUGAUGCACUGGCCUUUCGCGGCCGAGAGAACCGACGGCUAUGAGGUUGAACUCGGAGAUGAUGGAAAGGUAUGAUCCACCAAUUGACAUCAAAAAUUUCCAUCGUGGCUAACUCAAUAACCUUGAGUAGUACAUCAUCCAGAAAGAGAUCACUGCCAACUUAAAACCCAUCUGGCGUAAAUUCGAAGAACUUAACAAAGCUGGCAAGACAAAAGCCAUCGGGGUAUCCAAUUUUACCAUUUCAAACCUUGAAGCUUUGUUGAAAUAUGCGGAGAUUCCUCCAGCUAUGAACCAAGUCGAGAUUCACCCGGUCUGGCCUAACACCAAGUUGAUCAACUACUGUUUCUCGAAGAAUAUCCUUCCAGUGGCAUAUUCCCCACUCGGGUCCCAAAGCCAGGUUCCCACUACAGGAAAAACUGUUAUUCAAAACACUGAUCUCAUUUCAAUCGCCGAAAAGAAAGGUGUUAGCAUAGGUCAAAUAUUGAUAGCUUGGGGUAUCAAAAGAGGAUACGUAGUCCUUCCUAUGAGUUCGAAUAAGGAAAGGAUUAAAACCAAUGGCACAUUGAUCGAUUUGACUGAAGAAGAAUUCGAAACGAUGAACAAAGUCUCCGAGGGUAAAGAAACAAGGUUCGUAGAUUUGAAAGAUACUUUUGGAUGGGAUGUAUUCGGGGAUGAGUAGAAUAGUAACUAAAAGUAAUUGGUCAAGUCGUGUUUUGUUCUUUACUUACAUCGUUCGAUUCCACGUAAUAAAGAUAUCACAUGAAUGAAUGAUGAUGCAUAGCAAAUGCUGCAAAUAAGCUGAUCUGACUUUUGUGAUUC